GGAAGGGGCGGGGCCUGUCAGUGCGGACCGAGGGUGGGCGCUGCGAGGACCCAGGCAGGGGUUGAAAAUUUGCACAGUUCUGAGGCUUCCAGAUCGAAAAAGACUUUUCUCUCUCACUGACAGGCUCCACCAUGAUUCAUAGCCUUUUCUUGAUCAACUCCUCUGGAGAUAUUUUCCUGGAGAAACACUGGAAAAGUGUGGUCAGCCGUUCUGUCUGUGAUUACUUUUUUGAGGCACAGGAGAGAGCAACCGAGGCAGAAAAUGUACCUCCAGUUAUCCCCACCCCUCAUCAUUAUCUCCUAAGUGUUUACCGUCACAAGAUCUUUUUUGUGGCUGUGAUCCAGACGGAGGUCCCACCUCUAUUUGUCAUUGAGUUUCUUCACCGAGUAGUGGACACAUUUCAGGAUUAUUUUGGAGUCUGUUCAGAGCCAGUGAUCAAGGACAAUGUGGUUGUGGUUUAUGAGGUAUUGGAAGAGAUGCUUGACAAUGGGUUUCCAUUGGCUACCGAGUCAAACAUCCUCAAAGAACUGAUAAAGCCUCCCACUAUCCUUCGAACCGUUGUCAACACCAUAACAGGAAGCACAAACGUGGGUGACCAGCUUCCCACAGGGCAGCUGUCAGUGGUGCCUUGGCGACGGACAGGAGUGAAAUACACCAACAAUGAGGCCUAUUUUGAUGUGAUUGAAGAGAUUGAUGCCAUCAUUGAUAAAUCAGGUUCCACGAUUACUGCUGAAAUCCAGGGGGUGAUCGAUGCCUGUGUCAAGCUCACUGGAAUGCCAGACCUUACAUUGUCCUUCAUGAACCCCAGGCUGUUGGAUGAUGUCAGCUUCCAUCCUUGUGUCCGUUUCAAGCGCUGGGAAUCUGAGCGUAUCCUGUCCUUCAUCCCUCCUGAUGGAAACUUUCGCCUGCUCUCUUACCAUGUCAGUGCACAGAACCUGGUGGCAAUUCCAGUGUAUGUCAAACACAGCAUCAAUUUCCGGGACAGUAGUUCACUUGGACGCUUCGAAAUAACAGUGGGACCUAAGCAGACUAUGGGGAAGACCAUCGAGGGAGUGAUUGUCACCAGCCAGAUGCCCAAGGGGGUCCUGAAUAUGAGCCUCACUCCAUCUCAGGGGACACACACCUUUGACCCAGUCACCAAGAUGCUGUCUUGGGAUGUAGGAAAAAUAAAUCCCCAAAAGCUACCAAGUUUGAAGGGGACCAUGAGUCUUCAGGCUGGAGCUUCCAAGCCGGAUGAGAACCCCACGAUUAACCUGCAGUUUAAGAUCCAGCAGCUGGCCAUUUCCGGACUUAAAGUGAACCGUCUGGAUAUGUAUGGAGAAAAGUACAAGCCCUUUAAGGGCAUAAAAUACAUGACCAAAGCUGGGAAAUUCCAAGUUCGAACCUGAUAAGGGAGAGUUUUGCAAAGAGAACAGUCACGACACUUUUUCAUUUCUUACUUGUCUAAAAGUAAAAAUGUCAGCCUGUCUCCUAGGUCAGUAUCCCCUCUGGACCCACCCACUCCCUUCUUUCCUUUGCCUUCAGUGCCAUGGGACUAAUCAGGGAAGAGAAGGGUCUCAGGGAGGGCUAGGCAGAACGGAAGCAGCCCUGCUCUCAGGAGAGGUGCGGGGCCCGUAGGAGGUGCUCGAUGCCAUAUUGACCCCGUCUGGUGUGGUUACCAUAGAAAGAAGGCUGGCAUUGUUGCUAGCUUGGCUUUAAUUAUUUAAAGCCAAUGAAAGCCCUCUUUGUUUUGUGUUUUAAGGUGGAAAGAAAGAUUAGAAAGCAAGCAACCUUGGGAGAAAAUGAAUGCAGUCAGGGAAAGGCCAGUGAAGGAUGUGAUGUGUUAGAGCAGGGGGAGGAGUGGCCCUGAGCGGAAGUGCAAGGUGAGCGGCCAGCUCCACGCAGAGGGGGCAUGUUGGUGAGGGGGAGAGAGUUGAGUGACGUUCCUGAUGUGCUUCCUGGUCCCUCUGCUCUCACGUUUAAAAACACAGCAUCUGCAUUUCUAGGAAUGAGGUGGAGACCUCCUAAACUCAGGUCCACUUCUGACUUGGCAAACCCAGUAAACCCGAUUUCCCCUCAAGACCGUGGCGACUGCGGUUUUCAGGUGCUGCCUGCUGCUCGCCCUCAGCGGGGUCUGCUGGCCAGGGAGGUGACCUGCCUCUUCCCAGUGGUGGGGAGUGCCUGAAGCGCCUCUUCCCCUCACUCAGAACAAGUCAACUCACCUUCCUUUCCAGAAUUCUCCAACCUUUUCCCUGAUCCUGAGGAGAGUUUCAGAAGAGCCAGGCCCUUCAGCCCCCCGGGUAGCCUGAUUUUCCACGUCCCAGUACUGGAGUGUAGACAGCUUGCUCCCUCCUCAUGAAGGGGCUCCACUGCCGUGCGCACGGAUUCCUCGGGGCCGGACGGGUAUGGAGUCUAAGCCUGCUGUCUGCAGCUUUCCCACUGAUCACCCUCAGUAAAGACGAUGCUUACUGUGAGGGCAUAGUGGAUCCUGGAAGCUGCUCGGUAAGGGGACUCCCUUAGAGUCUUUUGUACUCUAUAGUUUAUUUAUUAACAAUAUGUAUCUAUUAUCCCAUUUUUGUUUUAAGGCCAAAAUUUUUUAAAGCCCUAAUUUUUUAAUAAAAUUCCCAUUGCAGGAAGAUGGGCUAUGUCAGCUAUGUGUGACACAGUAUAAGACACAAGGCAGCUGAAGGAGCACCCCCGGCUUUCCCAGUGGGUAGCUUUUAUUCUAGUUCAAUAUGCCUGUUACCCACAUGUCUAUAUACAAGACAGGUUUUUUAAAUUAUAGCUUAAGGAGGUAUAUUGUGCUCUGCUUUGUGCAUGGAGAAAAAUGAAGAUCUACUCACUCCGAACCCUACAAUUUUUCUCUAAAUCCCUAUUUCCAAACACUUAAGCAGUUUUAUAUGCUUUGCUAGUUUUUUCUUCCCAAUUCCUGGACUUGUUUGCUGCUAAGUAAUUUUGUGGUUUUCCUCUGGGAUAAGUUGUGCUGUGUACACCCACAUGUGUCUCCUACUCCAUCACACCAGAAUUUGUCCUGGAAUACUGUCCCAUCCACACACACACACACACACACCAGGGUAGGGGACCAUCUCUGCCUGUGGACUUGGAAUACUUGAUUUACUUCUCCUGAGGGCUCCGAAGGACCUUAAGGUUUCCUAGGUUACAGGGAACAACCAAGUUGGUCCCUGGAUAUGUUUAAGUUUAUAAGUCCAGCUGUUUUUCCUGCAAGGCAGCUUAUCCUAGUUUCAUGGGAAGUGCUUAAGGAGAAGUGGGUUAUCUAGUGCAUGGAACCCUCAGGCCUCAGCAUAUAAAGUAACUGUCAUGUCACCAGGUAGUGACCCCGAGCACAGUGGGGCACCAUCACUAACACAGCGGUGUUAGCCUAAACGGUGCAGGGUGCCUAGCAAGCCAUUUAGUUCCGUGUGUGUUCAAUAGGUACAGAAGUAUUUUCUUUGUUUAAAUCUUAAUAAAGUUGCAUUUCACCAGU